AUGCCGCAUGCCCUCUUCCGCAAGCAGCACCUCGAUGUCCGCGAGCUCGACCUCAGCACCAUCGUCUACUCCUCAAAUGACCCCGAGCAUCUCCCAAACCCAAAGCUGAACUACACUCCCGUACCCGACGACGAGGCUCUCGAACUCUUGACCGAAGCAUUCAACCGUCACCCCGACAAAUCAGCCAUGAUGGCCGAAUUGAACUGCAACCGCGUCAAGUUCAUCGGAGGUUUACCUCAAGGAAUGACUUGUUUCGCUGCUCCAACCAAGGAAGGCAGAUCUCCCGACAGAUACAUCUAUGGCCAUGGCAACAGUUCCAGAAGAGGAUUCGACACCGACAAGCUGUUUCGCUCAUUCAGGGAGUUUGUUCCCCAUUGCUACUGGAUCAUCGUGGAGAGGAAUGUGGCUUGGAACAGACCUAGAUUCUGCUAUUGCAAGUACUGUCAGCUUCCUUUUCCUCAGUGA